UCUCACCUUGACUUAGUGCGAGACUGAGACCUACCCUUCCACAACCCAGCGGCACGAUGACUGAGCGACGCAUUCCUUUCACCAUGCUGCGGGAGCCCACCUUCGACCCCUUCCGCAACUGGCACCAUGGUAGCAGGCUCUUCGACCAGUCCUUCGGCAUGCCCACCAUCCCAGAUGCGUGGGCCCACUGGCCUGGCACCCACUGGCCCGGCUACCUACGUCCUCCUGGCUCCUCCGUGGAUGGUGGCUUUGUCUUCCCCUCCCUAAUGGGAAACCCCUACGCCCGCAUGAUGAGCCGGCAGUUGAGCAGUGGUCUGUCUGAGAUGAGACAGACCCACGACCAGUGGAGGAUCAGCCUAGACGUCAACCAGUUUGCCCCCGAGGAGCUGACAGUCAAGGCCAAGGAUGGAAUCGUUGAAAUCUCUGGAAAUCACGAAGAGAGACGUGACGAGCAUGGAUAUGUGUCCAGGAACUUCACCAGGAAGUACACACUCCCCCCUGGUGUGGACUCUGAGAAGGUGACCUCCUCUCUGUCUCCAGAAGGUGUGCUGACUGUCGAGGCUUCUCUGCCCCUGCCAGCUCUCCAGGGAGACCUCAGCAUGUCUGUCAAGAGAAAGUAACUCCUGGAAGUGCCUCUCCAGCAUCGGUUGAUUUUGCAGACAGCAGUUGUCGAGUGCUAUUUGAAAUGAUCAAUACUGUUACUUUAGUGCCUCCUAUUUUUUACCUUGAAUUGCAUUGUUAGUACCAUAUUCUGGUAGUCCUUGUCAGUAAAUGUGCUUCAUGUGGCUGUUUCUGAAGUUUAAACUUUACUUGUUUAAACUACUGGUAUAUCAUUGGUAGUUCCAACCUUUUCUCUGGUUCUUGGUUGCUUUUAAGGAAACGCAACAAGAAGGGUUAAAGAAAUAUUUAUCUAGCAGGAAUUCUCAGCCACCAAUCACAGCUGGGAGAGUCAAGGAUACAAUACCUCUACAAAACAGUAGAUGUUAGCCAGCAGUAAAGAUAGGAGAGAGAGCACUGUUGAAUAACUGAUUGUGUUUGUUCUUGAUGCUGCAUGAUAGUGAGAUGUGAGAUAAUAAAGAUGCAAUCAGGUUA